GAACGGUAUGCACCGACCCUGUGCAUAAGUGAACCCAUGAAUGUAUACUAAGCCGGCCACCCACAUCGAGAAUGCGGUUCUCCUCAGUCAACAAAAGCAGUAUGGAACACACGAGCAGGCAAUUCAAAUUGAAACUCGUCUGGUUUCCCCAGAGUAGUUACGAACAAGCCAAGCCGUGAGGUCAGUAGAAGCUUCCUGCCCAGGAGAGUUUCGCAACGCAUUUAUGCAUGGUGUUCCUCUGUAUGGAUCCAAGACGGGUCGGAAUGUAUUGCUUCUGAUGCUAUUCACAAAAAAGAGAACCAAUGAAUAGUGAUGGAUGUUGUUGUUGCCAGAUCGGUUAACGAAUGAAGUGCUAGAAAAAGAACGUCUCGCUGAACUACAAAUACUAGAAACAUACACCACGGCUUUUCAGAUGUUGAAUGAAAUGAUAUAAGUAUAACUUGCUGCAUCUACUUUAUCUUAGUCUUUCGUCUCGACGAAAAGCAGAGCUACGCUCAAUGCUUUGCAGACCAUUGUCGCGUAGAGGACUCACAAGCUGCAGUCCUCCACUAUCAUCAGGACGAGGACUUUCGGUUUUUUAUAACAGGUGUAGAUCAGUUCUAGUUGUACCUGUACUACCUCAAAAAUCUUCUGAUUACAGCAAUAUUUGCCUCCCACCUCAUCUUCGUCCCUUUGCAUCUUCUACAUCAUCCUCCUCUUCCAUCGUUCCCUCUAUUACACGAAGAUAUCUAGACUUUGAAAAGAUGACGACCUCCUCCCGCAAUGGUUCUCCCGGUCAUGCCGCGAAGAGGCAGCGCACCUCCGCUGUCAUCUCCGACGGCACUGGUGGCAGCAAAAGCGUCGUCCUAAAAGAGCUCGAGAAAGGCCCCAUCGUCCGUUGUGCUGAUAAGCUAACUUCAUCCAGCCCUUCUUCUCCCAAGAAGAAAGCUGAAGAUGCGGAGGGAAGUACAAAGCACACCAUCAUCAUCGCAGAGUCCAAGGAAGCAGCCGAGGCAUGUGCGAAGGGGAAUCACAUGGCAGGAGUACGUGCGGACUUCAAAGGAGCACAAUUGUUACCGGAUGGCAAGACGUCCUGCUCAGUAGUGGUUGUGCCCUCAGACACGUCAAGACAUAACUCAGCAGCGAGGCCAGAUGUAGUGGUGAAAGCACUGCAGGGAGAUGCGGUGGUGGGAAGCAGGUAAUUGAAGAUAGCGAUGUGGAAUAUGUAUGAAUUUACCUGCGAACAUUUAAUACCAGGUGUCAAUGCUCAUUCCUUCUUCAGUAGGUACUUACUAUCACUUAUAGUAUUGGUACUCUGUCAGAGUAAAUACUUCUGUUUGAACUUCUUGAUUCUCAAAAACUGAAUCUCCACCCAGUUCCCACGUUGGCAUCAUUAUCGCAAGCACUGGCACACCAAAAGACAAUAUCUGGGCUUUAGCUGCUUACAAGGCGUUUCCAGCUUGCAGCUUGAAAUCUACUAGGAAUGAGCAAACUGUGACAAUAGUCAAACCAGCGAAAAACGUCCAAGUCGUUGGCGAGUGCGUCCGUGCCGCACAAGUCCUCGUGGACCUGCCGCCGAGUCAUUUGAGUAUUUGCUUCUUUACGUAUCUAUAGUAGAGUAGUCCGUUUUUCGAGUUACGGGUUGCUCGAGUUCUCUCGAGUUGCCACGAGUUGCCGAAACUCACACGCCCAUUCCGGAGCGAGUUGCUAACGAGUUCCUCUCCCUCGGCAGCUUGCCACUUUGAAAGCGCAGCACCCCGCGGCGGUAUGGCGGGCCAAGAUGCCGCGGAGUUCAGGGGGAAGCUCGUGGCCAGUUGUUGCGUGGCAGAUCUGCCGUUUGUAUUAAAGAGACACGCCCCGGCCGAGCUCUUCGGGGCUUGGGCUUAGCGAAAGUAUGAAGGCGAGCCCGGGGCCACCUUUUUUGUUUGAGUGGCGCGCGCGCAAGCCUUGUGAAGUGCAGCGAUUUCCUUGCGGUGUCGGUGUCUCUGCAUGGUCGUGCGCUGAUGUCGGUCGCGAUCUGGCUCGGUUUUUUUUGCUGGUGAGUGGCCAGCUUGUUCGGCUUCUUGGGGCCCCUGUUUGCGCUGUAGUGGGCUUACUGAGUAGCGCGCCGCCUAGUGGGUAGCGGUAGCAUCACAAGCAGGGCCCCCCUGAGCAGUGUAGAAGCACCGGGAUCGGAAUGGAGUAGGUUUAUUUGUGUGCUUGUUUUAUAGGGCAGCAGCUAUACCAGGCAGGCGCGCUAUCUUAGUAACACAAAACUACGAGGGCAGGGCCCUGGGUGGCGUUGCUCUUGUCUGCCCCGCGCAUGCAGCGCCUCGCAGAGAAAUGAGGGCGCUACUGGAGGCGUUCGCUUGUGAAGGUGGUUUGCGCCCCUGGGCAACGUGUUUGACGCUUCGAAGAUAGUGCGCCCGAAGGGCGCAGCGGAAAUUUUUUUGGUAUGAAACUCGUUCAACUCGAGCAACUCGAGCAACUCGACCCGAUAUCGGGCGCAAAAAGUCUAGCUCUACUAUAGGAAUUCGAAGUCAUCUUUGCCAGUACUUUCUUCUGCUCAAAAUAAGAAGUAACUCAAGAAAUACAAAUUUUAUUGACACACUGUCUGUCACUGACACUACAGCCGCGUCGACCUACGAGGACUACAUUCGUGAGGUGCUGUCGCCGUAUUUGUCGGUCUCCCUAGAGAAAGUCGAAGGAAAAGAGCUAGAGAAACGUGGUUUUGGAGGAAUUUGGGCUGUCGGGAAAGGAGCCUCUUUUUCCGAAGGGCGCGCGCCAAGAAUGCUCGUCUUGAAAUACCCAGGAAGCGGCGACGGCAAUAAACCGUGGAAAACGCUAGUGGGGAAGGGUACUUGGCUUGAAACUCGUUUUAUUUGGUCGUAAGCAGGUACUAAAUUGAAAGUGGAAUUCGUUCUUUUUGCGGGGGAAGUAGAGCCGCGGUUCCUUCUGCACUCAUUUCAUGAGCUGAGGACUAGGAUUUCAUUUAUUGAAAUUGUCUUCUCCGUUGAAUUAUUCAUCUUCGUCCCCAUGAUCCUCACUAACAAGGUAUUAUCUACGACACUGGUGGUUUGGCUAUCAAGGGCCGCGAGGGUAUGUGCGGCAUGAAGAGGGAUAUGGGAGGUAGUGCGGGCGUCUUUGGCGCUUUUCUCAGUGCUGUGAGAACGAAUAUCAAGGAAAACGUUUGCUGCAUUCUCUGCAUCGCGGAGAACAGUGUCAGUGCCGAGUCCUUCCGCAACGACGAUAUCUUGCACAUGUACAGCGGAAAAACAGUAGAGGUGAACAACACAGAUGCUGAAGGAAGAAUUGUCCUUGCCGAUGGCGUUGCUUACGCGGCUAAGGACUUGAACUCGGAGUUGAUUCUCACCAUGGCCACGUUGACAGGCGCACAGGGAAUUGCGACUGGUCAACUGCAUGGAACUCUGGUCACGGACAGUGCAGAGUGGGAGAAGAAAAUGGUGAAAGCAGGCGAGAAGAGUGGAGACUUAGUGUGGCCGAUGCCAUACGUGCCUGAGAACUAUUAUGGCCACUCCGAGUCACAUUUUUCAAAGAUCAUGAUGUUAUAGUCCUUGUCCCUCCUCGUACUCGUUCUUCAAGAGAUCGAGGAGUCCAUUCCCUCCAACAACACCUUUUCUAAUCCCCCAUGGAAGAGUACAAAUCCGCGGUCGCCGAUAUGAAGAACAGCGUAGCGAAUCGCGCUAACGCGCAGGCAUCCUGUGCCGGUUCUUUUAUCAGAGCACACAUCCCCGAUUCUUGGACUGGAGGCUGGGUCCAUGUGGAUAUGGCAUAUCCGUCUUUUAGAGGAGAACGCGCAACAGGAUACGGCGUAGCCUUGUUAGCUGCAACUUUGGGAGUUUUUUAAUGAUGACUAUAUAUUAGCAUUGACUGAUAUAUGGCGAAAAAGAGUUACUCUUACUACGAGUCGACAUGCCUAUGCCGGACUAAAAAUAUGAAGACUUUUAUUUCACUCGAAAUGUACGGUUCUUCAGAGAAAGAAAUAAAAACAUGCCAUGCACCUACCUACGGACAUCGAGACAUAAAAAUAUCAUCGUUCUUGUAGUGGUUGAGGGGUCCGUUGUGCGUGCUUUGAUUCAUUGGCCCGUCUACGUAGUACUGUACCUUUUAUAUCAAAUUUGAGUGGCAACAGCACCAUACCUGAUCAUAUUGAUCAAUAUUUCUAGUUGUUGGGGAUAAAUUCUAAUUCACAAUAAGCAACAUUAGGCGAGGCACCAUGGAUCUUCACAAUGUAGAAGCAUCCCGGGAACAGAAACUACUGACCAAAGAAUAAGUUAUAAAUGCUCCAGUGAAUAUGGAAUCUUCCCAUACAACUACAACAAGACAAUCUCAGCAUGCUAGCACCUCUCAAGGCAUUCUGACUCUGAUGCUGAAGAAGCCAAGAAGAAAUUGUGGGGCGCACUUCUUUUGUUUUUGAAGAUCGUUAAGAAUUCCAGCUAGUAUCCCGAAGAACAAGAAAAGGUUGCGUGAGCGUUUGCGCAUCGAGUUUGUCCGAGCGUGGUGAGUUUAGAC